UUCACCCAUGGCUUGCUUCGGCGAAUGGUAUAUUGCGAAGGCACGAACAUCAAGCUCACAGAUCUGCAAUUUUGGCGCAUUUCAGAUGCCGUUAUUGUACCAACGAACACAGUCAACAGUAGAUCGAUGUAGUGAGUACGGGAGUCGAGAGAGCGACUACGGACGGCGUCUCGGAGGUUUCGUGACUUCCAUGCCGGGAUGUGCGAGCACCGAGCACGGACCGGUACUGGUCAGACUUGCUGAUGCUACAUCGGAACAACAAUUCGAACCGAUUCAAUUGCCAGAUUCAUUACUAUGGAAGAAACUAAGACGCCGCUAGAACCGCCGCCGUCUUACGAUGCCGCUGCACAACCACCUAAGCCACCGACUGGACCGUUGGGACCACCCAGACAAGGGCCUCCGAGACCUCUGGACUUGCCAGCUCUGAAUAUGAUCCGAGGCAAGAGAAUCAUCCUCGCCUCAGCAUCGCCACGCAGGAGACAGCUACUCGCUCAAAUUGGCCUCACAGACCUCGAGAUUAUACCCUCAACUCUACCUGAGGACAGGGAUAAGAGUCUCGGACCGUUUGCGUAUGUGCUGGAAACAGCAGAGCAGAAAGCUCGCAAUGUCUACGCGGCCGAGAUUGACAGCAAAAAGGGCGAGCCUGCGCUUGUCAUAGCGGCCGAUACCAUUGUCAGUACGCAGUUCGGGCAGAUCUUGGAGAAGCCGAGAAGCGAGAAGGAGCACGUUGCCACUCUCAAACUGCUUCGCGAUGAUAACAAUGGCUGGCAUAAGGUCUACACAGCUGUAGUCUGUAUGGCUCCGCUUGAGUCGCUCGCGGACCCGGGAUACGCUAUGGAAACUCACGUCGAAGAAACUAGCGUAAGGUUCGAUCAGAGUGUCACGGACGACCUAAUCCUGAGCUACGUACGUACGAGAGAAGGGGCGGACAAGGCAGGCGGAUACGGCAUCCAAGGUGUUGGCAGUAUCCUAGUGGAGAAGAUUGACGGCACGUUUGAUAAUGUCGUCGGGCUUCCACUAAGGACAACAUUGCAGUUGAUUGAGAAGGUCGUUGUG